AUGUGUGAAAAUGUUUUGGAAGCAUUAAAGAAGGUUUUCUUUAAUCAGAUUAGUCCAAGUAGUUCAUGCGGUUCCCUGGAGAAUAUAGCUAGAGAAGAGCAUGGAUCCCAUCCCUCCAGCUCCUUGAACCCUAAUGAUGCGGAGAAAAGAAGGAUUAGUUCCUGCUCCGGGUACAGUACUGGACCAGAUGGGAGUAGGCAGGGAAGCCUAACUCCGAGACGGAUUAGUGGAGCAAGCUCUAUCUCAGGGUACUACUCGGAUGACAGGGAGAGAGGGAGUUUUGACUCCGGAGCUUAUAAGUCUCAACAUUGGAGAUAUAGCUUCAGAAGAUAUGAAGAGGAGCAACGAGACAGUAGGGAAGGACGUGAAGGACGUGAGGGACGUGAGGGACGUGAAGGACGUGAUACAGACGGAAGAUCUUCUCUCCGGGUGUCAAUAUCUAGUGCUAGCGGAGCUGGCCAAUGGAGGAAGGAGAGCGUUACUAUCAUAGAGAGUCAGGAACCUAUGGAGGAGGAGGAAUUAGAAACAGAAGAGAGAAAUACACUAAACCUCAGACCUACACUAGACGCUGUCAGAAGAUUAUCUAGCAGUGUUGACAGCCCUGAAGUAAACCUGUUAUGUGUCCCGGUCCAACCAAUGACCGCCAGCUCGUCUGCUGAGACCCUGACUGACAACACGCUGACCGCUCCGAGCACUCCAACAAUGAUGACUCAGAGACUGGUCGUUCAGGACUCUAUAGAGAAGGAUCAGGAUAAACUACUGAGUACUCCUACCCACUCCUCUACUCCUAAAAUCAAGCCGAAUAUAAGUUUACCUGAAACUCCCAACUCUAUUCUCAAGGAUAAGAAAAACAAGAGCCCUGGAAAUUCUAGAAAAUCUUCUGAAGUUUUGUUUGAAAGAAUAGCUCACAAUUUCUCAGAUCCUUUAUCCCGUCGGAGAGCUGAGAGUUGUACAGGAGGAGGGUCAUCUUACAGUUCAAACUUUACCUAUAAUAUGGACGAGGAAGAUGCAGACCAUAUGGCAUACCUGGAGUCUAGGGUCUCCAGGAGCCAACCUGGCUCUCAGCAUGCUUCAUUCUCAGGAUCGAAGGGGGGUAGUUUUACUCCUCCCCUACCCAGAGCUCUCUCCAAUACGUUUCUCAAGAUGUCGAACAGAGAUGGUUCAAAGAGUCCAACGAAUGAGAAGAAGAAGAAAGGAUUUCUCCAGCGACAUCUACCUGGUUCAGCAGACAAUGAAAAAGAUCCUAAAACCAGUUCACCGCUGUCUAGUCCACAGAAUUGCAGUAAGAUGGGAGUAGUUGUUACAUCUGCUCGACAAGCGCAUCGAAGGUAUGUGUUGCAUGUACAAUGUACAUAAAUGUGGC